AGACUCCAAACGAAGGGGAGCACGGAAGACCAAAUGCAUCGCAGCUCGCUCUUCUUGCGGAGCUGAAGCUGGGCCAGGGCGGAGCAGGCCAAGCCAGGGGAGGGGACGAUCGACCGGGAGCCUCUUCAUGUGUCUACUUACUUGCACCUCGGCAGCAGAUUCAUCGACUUCGGUCGAGGCGAGAAAGAUCGAUCCUUGGCGAAAGAGAACAGCUGAGCCAGACAUUUCUGGGCGAGACGAUCUACCGAUUGAGCGAGAUAGCGAGCUAGCUAGCUCGCGAGUCAGAGAGAGAGAGCAGAAGCAGGCGAUCUGUGGCGAGGUGCCGGGUUCGGGAGAUUCGGUCUUAGCGAUACAGCAUAAGGAGUAGCAGAAGGGGCGUAGAGUAGGUAGAAUGUGGUGAUGGAGGAAAGAGCAGAGCUGUGCAAUGUGCAAGGGUCGCUCCGGAGAAGUGUUCGUCGUGAUGUGCUGCGGUGUUCUAUUGGAGAGAUUAGAACGUGCUGAGCAUCCGGAUUCAUAUUGAAGCUCGUGUGCCUCGUUGGUCAUUUCUCUCGGGUUCUGGAACAGAUGAGUACAGAAGUUGAUUACUGAGGUGAGCACCGAAGUUUUUUCUCAAGGAAGGAAUGUCUUGGCAUCCGGAUAUUGCCAACACUGGAAUUCGUGAGAUUUCUAGACUGGGAAGGCACUUGCCUGACACCUCUUUGAGUUCAUUUAUGCAAUAGAAGUAGGUCUGCUCCGAUCAACUGUUCAUCAAAUGUCUUGGUCGUUCUUCUAUCAUCAUGAAUUCACACGGUGACAACCACGGUUGAUAGAGUGCGUUGGAAACUGAAGAGACGAAAUGAUCAGCUCGGAAGCAGGCAGGCAGGCGAAGACGCUGUGAAAGACAGGUGAUGCUGAGUAGAGUCGCGAACAGGGACGGACGAGAGUAGCUCGGAGGCGGGGAGCAGGCAGAUGAAUGAUUCGAACAGCAGCAGCCCUAGCGCUAGGCCCAGCGCGAGGAAUGGAGAGGAGCAGCCUCUCUUCAAGAAGCCACGUCUGGACGUUUCCCUGGUGAUUCCGCCAGAGUUCCAGUGCGACGAUGGUUCUGUUAUACUGAGAAACUGUGAUAGGAUCACACUCGAGGAUGGCAAGGGCCCCGAGUUCUUGUCUGAGAGCAUGGGCGAGUGCAGUACGUGUGGUGACACGGGGUUUCAGACUGAGCUCUUUCGCUGCACCAAGUGCUCCGUCCGCCUUCAGCAUACGUACGCCCUUCCUUCACCUUUUAUCAUCCAACCUCAUGCUGCCUGACUGCUGGAUGGACGGAUCAUUCGCUGGAUAUCGAUCUUCUAGGGGUUAGACUUUUCGAGAUAGGCUCUGCUCCCACAGUUGGAUGUCGACCACCAUCUUGACCAUUGUCUCCGCAAGGAUCUGAGCGAAAGGGUAAGGCUUAUGUCAAUCCACGACAAGCCGCGAGCAUAGGCUAGGCAGCUGCACGGGAUUUGUGGGUUCAAUCGAGUGAUCACUCGAUUGGCCGCCGCAGCAUAUGCACAAAUUUGGUUUGAGUCGAGAGUCGUGUGAAUGAGAGAUUGUGUGUCGGAUCGAAUGCUCACGGUUGUGCUCGGGCCUGCCUCGAAUUCCUGGCAGAUACUGCAGCAACUCGUACAAUCCGCGCAAGCGAUGGUUCAUCGGGCUGUGCAAUUGGUGCGAGGUGGAAGCUCCCCGCACGACAACUCCGGGCGGAUCGAGGCAGGCGGCGCCAUCGCCAUCGCCCGCGGGCAAACGCGACAGCCACAAUGGCGCGACCUGGGGAGCAGAGAGGAGGACCGCCGUCGACUGCCUGCUCGGCGCAGCCCUGCGGCUUCCGAGCGCCGGGCUGCGCAACAUGGAAGAUCUGCUGCCGCAGGGCAGCCGGGGCUCGGCCAAGGGCAGCAGCCGGUCGCCGUCCUUCGACACGGUCGAGAAGGCCAAGCGAUCGGGCCCCAGCUGCGACAGCGCCGUCAAAGCCUUCACCAAGCGCUCCUCCAGCGCCAGCCCCAGCCCCAGCGUUAGCGCCAGCGCCUCCCCGGCCGUUGGCGCGGACGCGGGCGAGAAGGCGCCGGCCGUUGGAGCGUGUCACCACCACGCCGACGAGAAGCCCGUUGUGUCGAAGAGACCGCAUGCACCUCCGAAUCCCGCCGGUCACCACAUGAAGCCGUCGUCGACUGGCGCGGGCGCGGCGAGAAAGCACGAGGGCGAGAGGGGGCCGUCGCCGACGUUGGGCGCCAGGAAGUCGCCAUCGGUGGGUGGGCAUGUGUCGAAGACGAGGAAGUCGCCGGGCAUCGGUGACUACGAUGACAAAUCCGAGACCACUGUGGAUAAUAGCAUCCAGAUGAACAGCAGCAGGCGCUCGCCCGGCGGAUGUGCGAACGCGGUGGUGGCGAUGGCUGUGAAGAGCGAGGGAGGAGAGCCUGGGGACGCGAGAGGCAAGGACGAGUCGUCCCGGGGGAGUGGGUGUGGCGACAGAUCCAAGGCGGCAGUCGGUGGUCAGGACUCGGGCAGGCGUGAGGGUUCCGGCAAUGGCCUCAAGAGGGCGCAUGCCGAUGUUGCUGGAGGAUCGAUGAGAGGAGCGGCUGCUUCUGCUGCUGCGCGCGGCGAUCGCAAGAGCCCGAUCUGCAGCGAGAGUAGCGCUGGAGAAUCGGAUUGCUCCAAUGUUACUGAGGUGCAGAGAAGUGAUGGGCACGGGAGUAGUUCUAGAGAUGUCUCUUUGAGAAAGUCGCAAAGUUUUAAAUCGAACGCACAGGCGCGGCCCGUGAGACCCAAUUUAAUCAUCGGGAAGUCUGGUGCGAUCGACACAUCCAAGACCCCGAAGAAAGUUGUGGAUCUCAAGGAUCCCAAGCUUCGAAGAUCCUCGAAUUCCCCGAGGGUCACAGGUGCCCAUUUCAAAUGUUUAUCGGACAUCUUAUGUUAACCAGUUUAUCUGAAAUUGAUCGAUUUGAUCGAUAGGUAGAUGAUAAGCAAGCAAAUGCGCAUGAGGGCGGCGGGCUCUCCCGAAUGUUGAGGGAUCGAACGUCCGACCGACCAGUCAUGGUUGCCAGGCGAUGCCAAUAGUUAGGCGUUGUAUCAUAGUUUAGAACAGACGGUCGGUCGUUACGGAUACUCACUUUUGUCAAGUUUUGAUCUAGUAGGAGAUCGGAAUGUAAAUAUCAAGAUGUUUGACUCAACCCGAAUUGUCAUUGUAUCGUUCGCCUGACAGC